AUGUUCCACAAGGCUCAGCACACAUCUUGCUCACCAGGAGUUCGUAAUUGUUACAAACCCUGCUGGAACUCCAAACGCUGGUUAUCCAUACCUUUUUGUCUGGAGAACAUACUGCUCCAGUGUGGUAGUCCUUGGAAAGGCAGAGUGGCAGCAUAUGACUUCACUCUUCCAGUUAAUACUCCUCAGGCUGACUUCGCAUUGACACAGCCAAGCCCUGUAUCUGCAACUUCAGCUGGAUCCGUAAAGCACAUUGUUGCUCCUCGGCCACAGGCAGUGACUGUGGCUCUUCCAUUCUGUAGAGUUAAAGCAGUUGAGUCGGAUACUACUUUUGAAAGUGAGAGUGAUGAAAACAUGAGUGAGGAGAGUGAAGCUGACAGUCAAAGUGAUGGGAGAGAAAAUAAAUUUGAAUUAUCAUUUUUUCCUGAAGAAGAUAAAGAGGAGUACAUCUUCUUUCAGAAAACCCUAACUGCUGUUAAGAAUUGGUUCACUCUCUUUGGUUGGUCUAAGGGACAAAAUCCUAUUUCAAUACCAUAUUCACUAAGACGUGAUGUGUGUAAAGUCCAGAUGACCUCUUCGCAAGAAAAGGUUUUUAAACAAAACCUUGGCAAAGAUACUAAGACUGUUUAUGACAUGUUAUUCCAUCUGAGUGGACAGUUGUUACCAGGCGUUACAUCGAGCCAAUCGUUGCCCCUUGAUCCAGUUGAACGAAUGUUACAGCUCCACCGGCAGCAUUCUGCAUUGCUUGCUUUCCUUAGAAGCCAAGGAGCAUAUCUUCCUCAUGUUAUGCCAGAAUUUCUGCUUGAACCUGAUGAUUAUAAGAAAUGGAUUAAAGCGCAAACUGUAGUGAAGGGUCACACAGAUGAGUUGAAAAAAGGAGAUGUGAAAAACUCAGACAUAUUUAGCAACAAGCAUCUAUUCAUUCUGGAGGACAGCAUAUUUGAGACAAUGAGCAAACGAGCUUGGACAGAUGUGCUGCUGCAGGUAUACAAGGUAUUUGUUCUUCCACGUGUUUCUUCGUGUAGUAUCACUGACCUGUUCAGCUUGGAAAGUGUGCAGAACAUGCCAAGAAUAAAAUCAGAACCUUUAUCCAGUAAUAUAUAUUCUCCUUAUGAACGAACCAUCCUCACCUGGUUGAAUAAACAUUAUGAGGAGAAUCGAAGAACUGUGUGGAAAGAUUGUCAAAAAGGUGAAGUACCACCAAUGAGAUGGAUAGUAAAUUUUGACCGAGAUCUUCUAGAUGGCCUGGUAUUGGCAGCACAGCUGGCAGCUUAUUGUCCAUAUUUGAUUGCUACUCACUUUGUAAGGAUGUAUACUACUCCAAGAACUCCUGAACAGUUUCUGCACAACUGUUUGAUACUUGUGAAUGCUAUGCAUGCUGUCAGUCUGGCUAUAGACAUAAAGGCCACUGACAUCUGUGAUCCAAACCCAGUCACAAUGCUUAUUCUGUGUGUCUACCUAUAUGAAAGUCUCCCUCACUACUUACCCAAGAACACUAUAGAAUUUACAGGUGCUCUCCACGCAACUGUUGUUAAACAGCUGCGUCUGAAAAACCCAAGCAGUAAAACUUUGAUAUACAAUGCUAUUCUUGUAGGAAGAGAUGCUGAUGACUUCUCAUUACCUAAAGGAAAGACUGUGACCAUUGCCCCUAAGAGACAAACAAGUAUGACUGUGGAAUUCACUAGUCGUUUUCUGCGCCCUGCUGAAGCAGUGUUGCUACUGAUCUCAAAAAAUGUGGGUGGAAUAGAUGGUGCCACACUGACAUUCUCUCUGAAAUCUGAAGUCAAGCAUAUUGAGCCUGCUGAUAUAUUAGAAUGCAAAUCUCCAUGUUAUGAGCUGAAGAAAGUUAUCCUAAAUGUUACUAAUCCCUUCAGAACUGAUGGCCUAUUCAGGGUCAUUUUGCUGGAAUCCACAAGUUAUUUAAUGCAGCCAGAGCAAGUAUAUCAAGCCAGGCAAGUAAAGCAAGAGCAAACGUUCAGACAUCGUUACUUAGCUGAAGAUGGACAGAUUUUCUAA